GCUGCAAGGUGUGGAGGCUGAACGGUUGGUUGCUUCUCAUCCGGGACUGGGAGUAAAUACUGUGGGAGGGGCGGGAUGGACAGGCACCUGUCGGUAUGGGAAGAUCAAGUUUUUGAUUGCAGCCUAACGAGACUGAACGGGCUGCCUGUGGAACAUUGCCUCACCGUUCCAGAACCUAUGUGGGUUUCACAGUUGAUUUCAGUGGGAUUUCCCCGUCUCCCUUUGAGGCUUGUCCAGAAGCGUUCCUGCCUCUGUCUGAUAGUUAAUCGUUUUCCAACAACUUUGCAGUGGAAAGACUAGAAUUCACCUAGGGGUCCUCCGGGUUUGAGGAUUUUAUUUUGCAAGCAGGGGUUGCACAAAUUUGGGUCACACAUCCGCGCUGCUGGUGUUGUUAAGGACACGCGUCAUGUGAUUAGGAGGACUAUUGUAUUGCAUUUUGGAUCUUCCCAGAGUCUCAACAUCUUUUAUACAUCGUGGUGACCAAAACUGGAUGCAUUUGGUGACCUUUGGAAUAGCUACAGUCCAUCUUACUCAGAGGAUUGUCCAAAGGGUGAAACUGGAAACUGGAAUGGGAAGAUCCAACUAUGUGAAUUCUUUCAGGAAGAUGAAUAUUUGGAGAAAAAAGUCUGAAUCCUGAUAUUUUUGUCACCCAGAAAGCUUGGAAGAUGCCAGGAAAAAUUACAGGGGCAGAAAAAGAUUCUGGAUGUUGUGAUCAUUUGACUCCUGUGGUGAUAACUGAAAUUGCUCUUGGAAGCUCUGAUGCAAAGAAUGCAAGAAAUGCUGGUAAAAACAAAGCUCUCGUACCCAAGUGCAUUUCAGAGAAAAAAUUCAUUAUAGGAGCUAUUAUUCUGGUUGUUGUUUUGAUUAUCAUUAUCAUUUCAUUGGCUGUUAAAAAAACAAAAACAUGUCCUCAUUGUCCUUCACUUCCAAGCCAAAGUGUUGCCUGCCCGGAUUUCUGGAUUGGAUACAGAAGAAAAUGUUUCUAUGUAUCAAAAGAACAAAAGAAUUGGUCUCUCAGUUUAACGACGUGUUCUUCAUUUAAUGCCUCCUUGGCUGUUAUUGAUACUCAGAAGGAAUUGGAAUUUUGGGUGGAUAUAUUAAAUCCCAUUCAUUACUGGUUUGGUCUCUCAAGGAAAGCUAACAAGGUCUGGAAAUGGUCCAAUGGCACAGAGUUCAAAACUCAAUUUCCAGUGCGAGGAGAAGGCUUCUGUGCUUACAUAGAUGCAAAGGGGGCCAGUAGUACCAUAUGCUCCAUGGAGAAACAUUUUCUCUGCAGCCAUCCGGAAAGCUGUAGCAAGGCUGGAUGAGACAACCGCAUCAAAAGAACAGGGAAUAGUUGGCUUGACCAGAAUUUAUUGAAGAAGCAUAUGUGUCUCUUUUGCAUUUGGUCUUAACCAUCAACAACCGAUGAUGUAAAAAUGUAACUACACCAGUGGUUCUCAACCUGUGGGUCGGGACCCCAUUUGGCGUCGAACGACCAUUUCACGGGGGUCGCCAAACAACGCAGUCCGCCAUUUUUCCCCCCUUUUCCUUAGCUGUGCUCCUCCC